GAGACCACAAUGAUCGUAGUCUGUAUGUGGAACGCCAAAAAGAGUAUUUCAGGCGCCGUGGACGCUUAGUGAAAUGCACCCGGACUUAAAGCUAAUAGGAAACUUAUUCAAUUUAAAACAUUUUAUGACAACAUAUAUCAAGAUGGAUAUUAGUGGUAUGAGAAAACCAUAUGGAAACAAACAAACAUUAUUUUUGGAAAAAGAUAUCAAACUAAAAGAUCCUAUUGCUUUAUUUGAGGAAUGGUUCAAAUUAGUUAAAGAAAACCCAAAUACAGUGGAAGCAAACGCAAUGUGCGUUUCAACAGCCAAUAAGUAUGCAUACACAAAUCACUAUUAUACAGGAAAUGGUAUACCGUCAGCCAGAUAUUGUUUGUUAAAAGGAUAUAGUAAAGAUGGCUUUAUUUUUUUCACACAUUAUACAAGUAGAAAGGGAAAAGAAUUAGAAGAAAACCCUUAUGCAGCUCUUACAUUUUAUUGGGAUCAAUAUAAUAGAUCUGUACGAAUUGAAGGAUGUGUUGAAAAAUUGCCAUUUUCCUAUGCUGACGAAUAUUUCAGUAAGCGCCCAUAUCGAAGCCAAAUAGGAGCUCUUUGUAGUGAUCAAAGUAAACCUGUAGAAAGUCGAGAGAUUCUAGAAAAACAGGCCAAAGAGCUGGAAACUAAAUAUCAAGAAGGGCAAGUGCCAAGACCACCACAAUGGGGUGGUUAUAUUGUCAAACCAACAUCAUUUGAAUUUUGGCAAGGACAAACUGAUCGAAUUCACGAUAGAAUUAUUUUUAGAAAACCCAACGAAAAUGAACCAGAUGGAAAACUAUCCCAUCAAGCAGCAGAUGGGUGGAUAUAUGAGAGAUUAAAUCCUUAAUACUGUUUAAAUAAAUCCUUUUUAUAAAAAGUUGUUUUACAGAAGUUUAAAAAAUAAAAAAAUAUUUAAAUUUUUAUUUUAUAAAAAUUCUAAUCUCAA